GUGCCCGGGAUGUUGGGCCCCCGCGGCGUGACGCGAGCACGGCGGCUCCGCCCCCUGCGUCUCUGGCCUCGCUGGCCUUGGGGGGAUGGUUUCAUCAUGGCGUCAAUGCAGUUUCAGGGUUUUGGAUGCCUUCUUCUGACUUCUGAGGGCACUGGGCGUGCAUGAUGCUAUGAAACGACUACAAAAAGAACUGUUGGCUUUGCAAAAUGACCCACCCCCUGGAAUGACUUUAAAUGAGAAGAGCGUUCAGAAUUCAAUCACACAGUGGAUCGUAGACAUGGAAGGUGCACCAGGUACCUUAUAUGAAGGGGAAAAAUUUCAACUUCUGUUUAAGUUUAGUAGUCGAUAUCCUUUUGACUCUCCUCAGGUCAUGUUUACUGGUGAAAAUAUUCCUGUCCAUCCUCAUGUGUAUAGCAAUGGUCAUAUCUGUUUAUCCAUUCUAACAGAAGACUGGUCCCCAGCGCUCUCAGUCCAGUCAGUGUGUCUUAGCAUUAUUAGCAUGCUUUCCAGCUGCAAAGAAAAGAGACGACCGCCAGAUAAUUCCUUUUAUGUGCGAACAUGUAACAAGAAUCCAAAGAAAACAAAAUGGUGGUAUCAUGAUGAUACUUGUUGAUGCCACUGUUAUCAUCCUCGUAGCAGAAGAUAGUCCUACUGAGAAAAUGAGCACUUUGAUCAUUCAGUCUUUGAACUUUAACCUUUGACUGGAAGUGACCUAUAGGCAAUGAAGACUACUUCCUUUUACUGCAUUUUUACUCGUGUGCAUUCUGGGCGCAUGUUGAUCGCUGGCUCAGUCCAGGCAACUGACAUGCUUUUAUAUUAGUCAUACAGUAUUAAUGCAGGUGUCAGGAAAUGUCAAAUAUAAUUCCAUUUUUUAUUUUUAUUUUUUUAAGCUUUUGGAAAAGUUCCAGGUCCUCAUGUAUUGUGCAAUAACAGUGACUUCCUCGGUGGUUUGGGGACGUUCAUUGCCGGCAAUGGACGUUGAUACAGGAAGAGUUUUCUUAACUCCUGCCACUUGGUGAUUAAUGCAUGAUAGGGCCUAUGAAAUGAAUUUAUCGGUUAUUGUGGGAUUAUAAGGAAAGUGAGGGAUCCAACAUUACAUUGAAAGUCACCCCAACCGUUUAUAUUUGGAUUCUAUGCACUGUGAUCCUAAGGCUAACAGCAUGAAAUAACAUGCAUCUUUAAAGGACCGUAAGAAAGAUCAUUGCGUAUUUAUUUAAUUGUUUAUAUCUGCUGUCAAAUUGUUUUGACAUGGAAAGUUUUCAAGGAACAUUGGCAGAGAGGUACAAUAUGUUAUCCCUAUGGUGAAAAUAAAUUCAUUUGUUGUACAUAGUCCUCAAUCUCUGAAGUAAAGGUGUGAAUAAUAUAGGGUGUGAAUGGUUUAACCAAGGCUUUAUUUUGGAAGUAAAAAAAAAAAAACACGGCAGUGAUGCUUAAGUUACCGCCAUCCAUUAUUUGGGCCUGUUAUUUUUCCCCAGUAUGUUACACUCUGUUACUUCCUGCUAGCCAUCAGCAUGAGCCCUAUGCCUAAACACUAUUUCUUUAUUUAUGUUUGGAAUCCAUGAACAUUUUUGUUUGUAAUCUUGUUUCUUUUGUUACAUUUUAAGUUGUUUGAAUGUUACAGUACUUUAAUUGAAAGACUUUUGUCAAGUU